GGCUUUGAGAUCGUCAAGGCGGUGCACCUCUCCCCCGAGCAGUUCUCCGUCGACAACGGCCUCAUGACGCCCACCUUCAAGCUCAAGCGCGCCCCCCUGCAGCAGCACUUCCAGCCGCAGAUCGACGCGAUGUACGAGGCCCUGCGCGCCACGUCCAAGGUGGAAUCUUUUGAGGCGGCCGCCGCCGGCGCCGGCGGCGGCAGGGCCAGCGGCGCGGCGGUCAGCAGGCCGGCGGCGAGGGCGGCCGCGGCCGCGGCUGCGGCGCGCGCGUAA